UUUUCCAAAACAUCGUCGCACAUAUGGUGUCAAAUACAAACACAUUCGACUAUCUGAGCAUCCCGAAGCCAUCUCUCCCCUUGGCCAUCAUCAUUAUCAUCAUCAUCAUCCUGUCGGUGGCAAGCGAUUCGCAGAUUUUACAUUUCAGUUUCGUGCAAAACGUGGAAGCGGCUGGUCAACCCAAGAGAAACAUUAAAGAACAAAAAAAAAAAACUAGGCUAUAUUGGAAAAACUCGGUCUAGAGGAACUUUGGAAAAUAGAAAAACCAAAAAUAUUCAAAUUAUCCAAAAGUUAGUUUUGAUAAAUUACGGUUAGUUGGAUGUGCUGCUUGCAUUGUUCUGGCUAAACGGCAACUAACGAAAAAUAAAAUAAAAACUGCAAACUGCAAAAACCGGAAAUUCUAGAUAUGUAUGUAUCUGUGACCUCACGAUCCCUGCAUAUAAACCAGAAAUAUUAUCAUAAUUAAUUAUGAAAGAAGGAGCGCUAGCAUAUAUGUAUACCCUAAAACCUCUAGUUUGUAACUUAAAAAGACACUUUACUGAAAAGUACACAAAAAAUGGGUUAAAAUAAAAAUCUUCCGCUGAUUAUUGUUAAGCAAAUUCAUUGUUUAUUCAUUAUUAAAAAUGGCUCGUAAUAUGGCAGAUUUUGUUUAAUAUAAGGCCCAAUCCAUUACUACAUAAAACAGUUCCAAUAGAUCCUUCCAGACUUAACUAUUAACAAUGAAGUUCCUGUUGAUCUUGGCCAGCCUGGCUCUCUAUAUAGCCCUUACUUCUGCCCGGAAAUGCGAUGGAGUUCCUGAUAAGCAGAAUUGCUACGACGGUAAGAAUGAAGGAUUAUGGGCUCAAUUAAGCUCGGGACCGUAUUGUAACCCAAAGCCGAAUCGCAAUAUGUGGUACUACAACUCUGCUACUAAAAAAUGCGAAGAUAUGAACUACAAUGGAUGUUAUGGCAACAGGAAUCGCUACUGCACAUUGCAAGGCUGUCAAGCUAAAUGUGUUCAAAACUAAAAAAAUAAUAUUCGAAAAUACAAAGUACAUGGCUACAUAAUAAAAUAAUCUAAAUGAUUUUGAAUUGCACUAAACGAUGGAAAACUGUUUAAACUUAUGAUGCCUAUAUCGAAAUUUGACUUUAAAAUAAUAUAAAAUAAAAUAAAAUUCAGUAAAUACUUUUUUGUCAGACAUUUUUUAUCACAAAUACUAAGCCUUCAGUGCCUCGCAGAUUAUUUCGUGCAGCAGAUUCUACUUAACUAAUUAUUUGUAAUUUAACAGCUAGUAUUUCCUACUUUUUGGUUCAGGAAAGCUUUCAGACGACUUCCCAUGAAGGAAACUAACUUUUUAGCGGCUUCUUAUGGAAUUUUUUGAAUUUUUUUCUUCCAUAAUAACAGUUUUUCGAUCGGUUUUGUCUAUAUCUUUCUUACAGGUAUAUUUAAUAUAUUCCAUAAAUUUUCGAUCAUAUAUAAAUCUGCUUGGAUUAUGACGACAUGAGGGCAGGGCCGACUUAUUCCUUUCCAUAGUCCUUAUAUAUUAAAAUGAUCGCUGAUCUGCGAUUAAAAACAUAUCGAAAUCCUUCGAAAUUAACUAAAUGAACAAUUGUUAAAAUUACAACCAAACCCGGCACAUCUUUUUUCAACGGUACACCAAACUUAUUUUGGGUUUAAAUAUUUG